AGCUCUGCCCAUUACCUUUGAGCUUCCUGGCAACUCCCAGGGUUGUAAAGUGAUUCUGAGGCUGCUGGAGUGACCUGUGAAAAUCGUGUGUGUGCUCAGCCUUGCCACAGCUCUGUGCUAAAGCAGAGACACUUCCUAGGAGCAGAGAAGGGAAAUGGUCUGAGCAGGGCCUCCAGGCAUCUGCUGGCAGGAAGAACAAAACAUUCAGGAUGCUUUUGGCAGACGUGAGGUGCAGCUGCCCCAGCAGGAUCUAGGAGCUGGUGUGGCUGAGUCAGGAUGAUCCCUGGCCCUGGCUACGUGGAGGUUGGAGCAGAGGAGGCAGCCCUGGGAUUCAGACAUCUCAACUCUUCUCUUCACCGUCUGGGAGUUCAUUUGGACUUUUGAACUCUUCUGACUUCAUUGGUUUUCAACUUGGAGCUGCUUUUUGAAAGAAAAACAGGAUGUCAAGGAAAAUUUCUCCAGGCUGCUUCUCUAGAAUGACAUGGAAAAAACAUUUUUUCAAGGAAACCUGCUGCCAAUGGGGUACUCCAAACACAGAAAUCCAAAAUGAGGAGCUGGAGAAGAGAGGAAAAGUAAGGAAAAGAAAGAAGAAAAAUGAAAAUAAACGUGUGAUCAUCUCCAAUUUGCCCUUUGGAAGCAAGAAGUGGAAGGAAAAUCCAAACAGAUAUUAUGACUCCAAUGAAAUUAAGACCACAAAAUAUACCAUCUUAACUUUCCUCCCUAAAAAUAUCUAUGAGCAGUUUCACCGCUUUGCCAAUAUUUAUUUUGUGUUCAUUGCAUUGCUGAAUUUUGUGCCAGUGGUGAAUGCUUUCCAACCAGAGGUGUCUGUGAUCCCAAUUUGUGUUAUAAUGGCCAUCACAGCCAUUAAAGAUGCUUGGGAGGACUUCAGGAGGUAUAAAUUGGACAAAGAAAUCAAUCACAUGGGAUGCUACAUUUACAGCAGGGAGGAACGUGCUUACGUGGAGAAGUGCUGGAAAGACGUCAGAGUGGGGGACUUUGUGCAGCUGCAGUGCAAUGAGAUUGUCCCAGCAGACAUCCUGCUGCUGCACUCCUCUGACCAGAGCGGGAUCUGCCACCUGGAAACCGCCAACCUGGACGGGGAGACCAACCUCAAGCAGCGCCGCAUGGUGAUGGGCUUCAGCAGCCAGGAUACUGUGUUUGAACCAGAACUUUUCCAAAACACCAUCAUCUGUGAAAUGCCAAACAAUGAUCUCAAUAAGUUCAAGGGUUAUAUGGAGCAGCCAAACCAUGAACAGGUAGGUCUCAACAUUGAAAACCUCUUGCUUCGUGGAUGCACAAUCAGAAAUACUGAGGCUGCAGUAGGAAUCGUUAUAUAUGCAGGUCAUGAGACAAAGGCCAUGCUGAACAACAGCGGUCCCCGCUACAAGCGCAGCCGGAUCGAGCAGAGGAUGAACAGGGACAUUUUCUUGUGUGUGGGACUCCUGUUUGUGAUGUGCCUUGUUGGAGCUGUAGGGCAUGGCAUCUGGACAGGAAACUUUUGGGAGCAUCCACCUUAUGAUGUCCCAGACUGGAAUGGCAAUUUUGUGACUCCAGUUCUUGAUGGUUUCUACAUGUUCCUGACAAUGAUAAUCCUGUUGCAGAUUUUAAUCCCCAUAUCUCUUUAUGUGUCAAUUGAGUUGGUCAAACUGGGACAAGUGUUCUUAAUUCACAAUGACAUUGACCUGUAUGAUGAAGAAGCAGAUUUGCCCAUCCAGUGCCGUGCCCUCACUAUCACUGAAGACCUUGGACAGAUCCAGUACAUCUUCUCAGACAAAACUGGGACACUAACAGAAAACAAAAUGGUAUUCCGACGCUGUACUGUUGAUGGAAUUGAGUUUUCCCAUCAGGAAAAUGACAGGCGACUGAAAACACAGAGAGAGCUGGAUUUAGACAAUGAGGAUUUUGCAAAGCUUCAGCACUUCACUCUUCCUCCCAUGAACCCUGGGAGACCAGCCACCUGCAAGCCCAGCAGCGUGAGGCCUUUGAGGAGGUGCCAGAGCGACCGGGCGCAUUCCAAGGGCCACGCCAGGAGCAGGUCCGUGGGGCGGCGCGACAGCAGCCAGUCCCAGGUGGCCUUCAGCAGCCCCAUCGAAAAGUAUGUGACUCCUGACAGCAGGCUGCUGCGGCGAGUGCGAGAAGCUGCCCUCCAGACUGAGAGCUUUUCUCCUUUCAUACACAUGAAGACUUCCACGUCCUUUACUGACUUUUUUCUUGCUCUUGCCAUUUGCAACACAGUUCUGGUCUCCACAGCUACUGAGCCAAGACAAAGGGUCACAAUCCCACCACCAAUAAAACCUUCAGGAAUCACCCUGGAGAAGAUUCAUCAGCUAUUUCAAAGGCUAAAAUUAGCAAGCCUCAGUCAAUCUUUUUCAUCAUCUCAGUCUAGCUCACAACUUGGUGCCAGCUUCAGCGCAAAGAACACCGAGGAGCCCCUUGCUGUGCUGGAGGGCUGUGACAAUGAAAACGACAGCUCUGCCAGCACUGGAGGCCAGGAACUCCAGGACAAGGCCAGCACGGAGAUUGGUACUGCUUCCUUGGAUGAAGUUUUUGGGUCUGCAAGCAACACUUCUCUGCCAGCAGAGUUUUGUUAUGAGGCUGAGAGCCCGGACGAGGCAGCUCUGGUCUAUGCUGCCCAGGCCUACGGCUUCGUCCUCGUGUCGCGGACGCCCGAGCAGGUCAUGGUGCAGCUCCCUCAGGGCACACUCCUGACCUUUGAUAUCCUCUACACCCUGGAGUUUGACUCAGUCAGGAAAAGGAUGUCUGUGGUGGUGAGACACCCUCUAACCAAGGAGAUUGUGGUCUACACAAAAGGUGCUGACUCUGUAAUAAUGGACCUGCUGGACAGCUCCUCCAAUGGUGACAUUAGCUCAGACAAGAGACUGAAAAGAAUAAAGGAAAGAACACAGAAGCAUCUGGACUACUAUGCCCAUGAUGGACUGAGAACCCUGUGCAUGGCUAAGAAGGUCUUGAAUGAAGAUGACUUUCAAAAAUGGGCCAAUUUUCGUCGGGAGGCAGAAGCUGCAAUUGACAACAGAGAGGAGCUGUUAAUAGAGACAGCACAGCAUCUGGAGACCAAACUCACCCUGCUGGGAGCAACAGGGAUUGAGGAUCGCCUGCAAGAUGGAGUACCUGACACUAUUGUAUCUCUCAGGGAAGCUGGGAUAAAAAUUUGGGUGUUGACAGGAGACAAACAGGAGACAGCAGUUAACAUUGCAUACUCCUGCAAGCUUCUGAACCAAAGGGACACAGUCUUCACCAUUAACACUGAAAAUAAGGAAACUUGUGAAUCUCUCUUGAAUUUAACCCUGGAAGAGGUGAAGAAGAAUUUCGAGUGCGACAAACCGCGGAGGAAGUUUUUUGGCAUCAUCCCCACAUCCUUGCCAGCCCCCGAGGCCCCCAGCCCCGAGUUUGGGCUGGUGCUGGAUGGGCGGACGCUGACCACCAUCCUGCAGGGAGGGCUGGAGGAGAAGCUGCUGGAGCUGGCGCGGCACUGCCGCUCCGUGCUCUGCUGCCGCUGCACACCGCUGCAGAAGAGCAUGGUGGUCAAGCUGGUGCGGGGGCGGCUGAAAGCCAUGACCCUCUCCAUAGGGGAUGGUGCAAACGACGUGAGUAUGAUUCAAGCAGCUGAUAUUGGAAUUGGAAUAUCUGGCCAAGAAGGCAUGCAGGCUGUGAUGGCCAGUGACUUUGCAAUAUCCCGAUUUAAGCAUCUCAAAAAGCUCCUUCUUGUCCAUGGACAUUGGUGCUAUGCUCGCCUGGCAAAGAUGGUGAUUUACUUUUUCUACAAAAAUGUGUGCUACGUCAACCUACUCUUCUGGUACCAGUUCUUCUGUGGCUUCUCAGGCAGCACCAUGGUAGAUUACUGGCAGAUGAUUUUUUUCAACCUCUUCUUCACCUCAGUGCCCCCUCUUCUCUUUGGAGCCCUUGACAAAGAUGUUUCUGCAGAAACGCUCCUACGUCUGCCCGAGCUGUACAAGAAUGGACAAAAUUCAGAGAUAUACAACUUGUCAGCUUUCAGUAUUACAAUGUUGGAUGCCUUCUAUCAAAGCCUCAUUUGCUUCUUUGUCCCCUACUUGACGUACAAAGACUCUGACAUAGAUGUGUUUUCCUUUGGAAACCCCAUCAACACCAUCUCCCUCCUGACCAUUCUCUUGCACCAGGCUCUAGAAAUGAAAACAUGGACCGUGCUGCAGCUGGUGACAAUGAUCUGCAGUGUGGCUUUUUACCUCAUCUUCUCCCUCAUCUACAACGCUGCCUGCCUGCUCUGCAACCCCCCUACCAACCCCUACUGGAUUAUGGAGAGGCAGCUCAAGGACCCCAUCUUCUAUUUAUUGUGCCUCAUCACCCCUGCCAUGGCGCUCUUACCAAGGUUCUUUAUUUUUGCUCUACGAGGAACCCUUGGAGCAUCUCUUGUUCUGAAAGCACAGCAGGUAGAUAAACUUCCUAAGGAGCAACAGGAUCUUGCAAUCCAGAAACUAAGAUCAAGAAAAGAAGCUACUUCUAGUGCACCUGUGGCCUCACCUGCAUCUAAUGAUGACCUUGACCAAAGCAUCAGCCAUUUAUGUGUGUCACCAUUUCUACACCCAGCAGCAGCCCUGUCUCCCAGGGACACAGAACAUCAGGGAGUUUCUGACUCUAAUCCUCUUGGGAGAAGGACAUAUCAGGAAGGCUGUUACUUCUUUAACAAGUGGGCAGAGGAAGAAUCUGCUGCUACUGAUUCUUCAGCAGGGCCUUCCUCUGGCCAUCAUCCCCUUGUAGGCAGCAGGGAAACAGCUCCUGGGCAGGAUGGUGGCAAACUGAGUCAAGAUUAUCUCAAAAACUUUAAUUACGGAAGCCACCGGCGGUCAGUGAGCUCAGUGACACUCUGAAGAAAUGUUCAGAAAUGGAACCCACAGCCCAUGUGGAGAAGGACCCAGCAGGGAAAAUAAAAAUGUUUAUGUUUAGCCAUUAUUCUCCCUAGAAAUGGAGAGAGAGGCAGCUGGAGUAGUGCAACAGCAACUCCAAUAUGCAACCUUAGCUGAAUGCAUCUUUGUCUGGGUUUAUCAGUACGUGACUUUUUGAUCUUCCUGGUCUGGUCAUGUCACAGGAACAUGACAUGAGCAUCACACAGUUGUUGAGAAUUGCACAAUUACUUUCUUUCAACAGAUAUUUUUGUAUCAUAUUAAUAGGGAAUACUUGUGAAGUUUCAAUGUUGUUAUUAUUAUGCUAUUGUGUUAAUAGAAAGAGAAUCCAUUCUUUAUUAAACCAAGUCUUAUAGCAACACAUCCCACUCUAGAUUUUUCACUCUCAAAGUCUUAAAAGGAGCUUAGUAACUUAAAAAUUAUAAUUCUGCAUGAAAAAUUACUACCUGCAGAUACUAAAGGUACUUGCAGAAUAAUAGCAAUGGAGAGACAUUAGAGAGCAUCCCAGGUUUUAAUAUAUGUACUUUACACAUACAACAAUAUCAGCUCUACAGCCUGCAUUCCCUGAAGAGCAAGAUUUUUAUGCAGAUAGCAGUUUGACCUGAUAUUGUUAAGAAAAGGACAAAUGAGCUUAUAAAAAUAAGGAAUACAAAUACUGAACUACAUAAACUGCCAAGACAACUCGGUGGUAAGAGGAGUCUACUUCUUCAUACCUGCAGAAGUAGACAGAGAUAACAAGUCACAUUCAAGGAUUUAUGUCCUAGAAUUCUUAAGCUGCCCCUGAUUUUUCUUCUAGAAAUUCAGUUUCUUAUCUCAGUUCCCUAUAUCAUUAUGUGGUGCUGCUGCAUUCAAUCAAGUAUGAAUCAUGCUCAAGGAUGAAUCUGCUCAGUUGGUCACAUUCAUUAGCUGAUGGAUGUCAAUAAUGGAGAUUUUGACAAGACAUAUAUGAAGGUCCCUAAUCACAUUGUAGUAAGUACAUGGUGUAAAAUGACCAAAAUAUGCAUAAUAGGUUAUCCCUUUUUUGGUAUCUCAGGGCAAAAAGAUGCAGAAGAAAACCAUAAGGUGUCACCAUAAUAACUACUUAUUGCAAUGCAAUGAAAGGUGACUGAUAUUUCUUAUAGAAAUGUUGACUAGUAAGACCAUUUUCCAAGGUUUUCUUCACAAUGUGGGAUGAAAUCUUACCUAGUUUAAAAUUCAAACCAUCUGUACUUUUGUGAAUCUACCACUGGUUCUGAUUAAAUAGGUUUUUAGCUUUUUUUAUACAUGCUGUGUUUAGCUAUUUACUACUUAUGACAACAUGUGAUCUUUCUAAUAGCCUAUUUAGCAAAUGCUAAUUUAACUUCUGUAUGUUAUAGUAAUUACUGUAACUAGAGUCUUCAAGUUCAUACUUUAAAACAACUCAGGCAAAACUGAGUCACAUAUCUCCCACUGACAUUUCUGGUACCCAGAGCAAGAUCACAUGUAAGAACUCCUUGUGUUAGAGCAUUAAUUGUCAGCAAUUAAACAUUUCAGUAAGAGAUUUUUUUUUUUUUUGCUUGAUGAGAAAAAUGAAGGAAAAUAAGUAUAGAUGAGAUUAUUGUUAAUGGAGGGUGAGAUUGCUCAAAUGUUUGCUCACUAGCUGGGAACGGACCCGGGGCAGCGAGACUAAAGAUCAAUCCUUUACCAUUCACAGCUUAUUUUUUACAUUAAAUGCUCCAUUUCCUUUGAGCUUAAAGAAGAUGUCAGUUGCUUACACAUUGUACUACAAAAUGUGAAGUGUUUUAUAGAAAUAAGUGGGGUAAGGUCAUGCCUUGCUGUGCUGUUGAGAGGACAAAAACGGAGGUGAAGGAGUGCUUUUCCUGCUGUCACCCAUGAGCAGCAAACUCCUUUUUCCAGAGGCUGCUCCUCUGCAUAGCAGGAACCCUUAUCAGAAGAGCUGGAUGUCAAAUGUAUCUGAAUGUGCA